UCAGGCUGCGAGCUCGGACUUUCCGGCGCCGCCUACAAGUGCACAAAGCCUGAAUGCGAGUUCAUACUCCACGAACUCUGUUUCGCCCUUCCGUCGGAGAUCCACCACCCCUCUCACCCGAAGCACCCUCUCGAGUUCGCCUGUGACGGAUGCGGCGACAUUGGCUCCGGCUUCAUCUACCGGUGCUCCCGGUGCCAGUUUGACCUGCAUAUCCACUGCGCCGCCCUGCCGGAAAUCAUGGCCGGAAAGAACCAUGGGCACCGGCUCCGGCUUCAGUUCGGAUCAAAGGGGAAGGGAUUUCGGUGCGGUGUUUGUGAGGGAGGAUUUGGAAAUGGGCGUUGGGUAUAUUACUGUGGGGAUUGUGAUUUUGGAGUCCAUGUUGACUGCUGCGUGGCUGAAGAUGAAGGGGAAGAGGAAGAAAUUGAAUGAUUUUAGCUGCUGAAAUUCACUUUUUUUAAUGUAAUUUUAGACAAAUUAUGAAUUUACUCCUUCAAUUUUGAUAGUUGAU